AAUGGCUUAGCUAUCCAAUUAUAAAGCACGUUGUUGGCAUGUGGGCGGAGACUAAAAUUUACAAACCGUUCCGCCUCGAUUUCCAGUAACCCGAGAGAUUUAUUGAAAUAUAGAUCAGAAACAAAUGCUUUUAGCUUCUUAUCCUCCGGUCAACUAAGGUAAUAGUUCAGAUGAAGUAGAAUGAUGUAUGGUGUUUAAUUAACUGCUUUUAUAACAAAAAACAAGGCUAAUGACUAGCUAACCACCUGUUGGUGUAAAGAGCUCCUCUGUUUACAUUCACGUUAGUGUCGUUUAUUGGCAGCACAGUGUUCGUUUAAAAUUGCAAAGAGAGAGAGAUCUCUUUUUAUUUCAACUUUAGACAUGUAGCCAUACAAAGAGCUGGAUAAAGUUAACUUUAGUAAGACUGGUCGUUAUUUAAGCUGAGGAACGACAUUCAGGCGGUUCUGUUCUGAUGUUUGACAUCGAGGAGAAAGUUAGCAAAGAUGUGUUCGGCCUGCACAGUCUGAUCCAGGGAGCUGAGCUCUGCCACCGGAGUCUGGGACAGAAACUAAGCCUGUAGGGAUGGCGUCUGCCGCUGCUAGAAAGAAAGGCGGCUGCGUUCGCCAGGAGAACGCCUGCCUGAUCGCAGAUGAGCGGUUCCGCAGCAACCUGGACGCCCUGCAGUUUGAACCAGAAGCUUCCGAUCAGCAGGUCCAUCACAGCCUCUCCGGGGUCAUGGUCAGCAGCAGCAUGGCGGCCAUGAGCGAACACAUCUGUCAGCUGGAAGCUGAGCUGGAGGCUCAGACUGAGGAACUGAAGGCAGCGGAGCUGAGGGCGGAGUCCUGCCAGGAAGCUGCCGUUCACAGUGAGGCUGUGGUCGCCACGGUUACCGAGGAGCUGAGGAUGCUGAGAGAGGAGCUGGAGAGCAGAACAGCAACAGGAAAGAGAGCUGAGCAGCAGAGGAACCAAGCUCUUCAAAAUGCAGAGAAACUCAAAGAAGCUUUCAACGAUUACAAAGACACGUUUUCCAUUAAACUCCGAAAGGUGGUGGAGAGUGAGACGACGCUGAAGGAGAGUCUGAUGGGGUCUGACAGAGAAAAGCAGGAGUUGGAGGUGAAGUUUUCUGCGUUGGAAAGAGAGCGAGCUGAGCAGAGCCAAACGGUCAGCCAGCUGCAGGAGGAGCUGAGGCAGGGCGGAGCGGCUGCGGCUCUCCUCCAGGCCCAGCUGGAGCAGGUGGCGUGCAGAGCCUCCCAGCUGGAGCAGCAGCUCUCAGAGCAGGGGGCCGAGUGCAGGGAGGCGGCCUCCGUGCGCAGGGAGGUGGAGGAGCUGCGGACGCUGACCCGUGACCAGGAGCAGAAGGUGACCCAGACCCAGGCUGAGCUGUCCGCCCUGGAGGCCGUUCUGGCUCUGCUGCACCUGCAGGAGGCUCCUGCAGGACCAAUCUGCUCCAAUCCAUGCAUGCUGCCCCCAGUGGACUAUUCAGGAGCUGCACAUCUGCUGAAGCUGAAGCCAGGUGAGGGCUACCAGCAGCUGCUGCGGGUCCUGCAGGUGAAGGAGGCCGAGCGGCUGAAACAGCAGAGCCAGAAGGAGCGGCUGCAGGAGCGUCUGAGCAGAGCCCAGGAGGAGAUCUCUGCCCUGCAGAACUCCAUGGCCCAGAGAGCCUCCCACUACCAGAACCUCCACACAGAGCUGCUGGAGCGGAGCAGCCAGGCCACAGACGCUCAGAAAGAGUUAAAAAGAAAAAGCGCUCGGGUUGCUGCGCUGGAGAAACAGCUGCAGGAAAAAAGCUCAGCGUACAGUCUGGCCGCUCUGAAGACCACGGCGCUGGAAAACGAGCUGAAGGAGAAGAGCAGCAGCGUUCAGCACUACCAGGUUCUGAUGAGCAGAAAGCAGAAGGAGCACCAGAAAGCUCUGGAUCAGUGUAAACAGUCUCACUCUAAGCAGCUGGCUGAGCAACAGCAUAGGAUAGAAAUGCUGCAGCUGUCUGUGGAGGAGAGCCUGGCCCAGAUGUUGGAACUGGAGCAGCAGCUGGGUUCUGUUCAGACGGAGCGGGACAAGGCUCAGAAAGCUGCGCUGCUGCUGCAGACCUCUUUGGAUCAGCUCUCACAGGAGAAGCAGGUUGAAGUUCGACACAACCAGGAGAUGCUGCAGAGUUUCAAAGAUCAGGCUACUCACUCUGCCACCAUGGUAUCUGAGCUGCAGUCCUGCCUGUCGGUGUGCAAGGAGGAGCUGAACUCGUACCUGCAGCAAAUGGAGGAGCUGAAGAAGAACCAUCAGACAGAGCUGCAGAGGAAGAAUGAAAAGGUCCACACUGAAAACGUCUGUCAGUUGGUUUAUCAGGGCACAAGGCAGUUAAACACACACACCUGUCCUCUCUCCUUGUUGCUUUUUCAGAUGUCUCGUCUGCAGGAGAAGCUGCACAGCACCAGCCUGGUCUGUCAGAGCUCCAGUGAACAGAUCCUGCAACUGCAGGAGUCUCUGCAGCAGCAGCAGACCAUGCUGACCGAGAGCACGGCUCGGGUCUCCGAGCUGGAGGAGAGCCAGAGCCAAUUGCAAAGACAGGUGUCUGGUUUGGAGCUGCAGCUGGAGCGAGCGUGGGCUUCUCUACAAGAUGAAGUCAGGAGCAGAGGCCUGGAGGCCCAGGCUGCGGAGAGGAACCUGCAGGAGGCGACCGAACAAAACGCACAACUCUCCAAGUCCAUCAGUCAUCUCACAUUGAAGAUAGAAAAGCUGGAGGUGGAGCUGGAGCACCUGAGGAGCCAAGUGGCUGCAAAGGCAGAGCAGAUCGUUGGCUUGGAGCAGAACCUGCAGUGCACCAAGAGCCAAGUCAUCACCAAGACCUCCACAGUUGAGGAACUUGAAGAGAAGCUCCAUCGCUGUGAGGAGGAGCGGCUCUGCAGCAUGCAGAGAGUGAAGAUCCUGGAGGGUGAACUGCACUCCGUGCAGGCGGAGCUGGGCGACACCGUGGAACGGCUGCAGGAGCUGCAGGACGUCCUGCAGAGGACCCAGACCGUCUCUGACCAACGGCAAGCCCAGGUGGACAAACUGGGUUUGAGGCUGAGUGAGACCCAGAGGGAGUUAGAGGAGAGAACUCAUGAGGUCUUGGACAUGGACAACGCCCUGAAAGAAACACAGGAGGAGCUCCAGCAGAGAGCCAAGCUGCUCAGCCAGUUGGACGAAGCCAUCAGGGAGCACAAGCUGGAGAUGGACAGGAAGGUGGAGGUCCUGCAGCAGGAGCUAACACAAAGAAACGCCAAGGAGUCAGAGGAGCUCAACCAGCAGCUGUCUGAGUGCGAGCAACGGCUUCAGGAGGCGCUGGACGAACUGGAAGCGAGUCGGCGUGACCGUGAUGCUCUGAGCAGAGAGCUGGACGGAACCAAGCUGCAGAUGAGGGAGACGGAGGCCCAGCUGCGCAACGCAGUGGAGGAGCUACUUCGGAAGGAGUCUGGGUGGCUGCAGGAGGAGGAGCGGCUGCAGAGUACGCUCUCUGCUCUGGAGCAGGAGCUGGAGCUGGAGAAGGAGCAGCACAGUAAAGAGCUGGAGUCUCUGCAGCACACGCGGGGCCAGCUCCUCAAAGUGUCGGAGCAGAUCUCCUCCACCAUGCGCUCGUCCCAGGAGCAGCUCACCGCCAAGCUCCAGCAGAGCCAGGCCCACCUGGAGGAGGCCAGGGCGCAGUGCGGCCGGGUCAAAGCCCAGCUGGACCAGGCCGAGAUCGAGCUGGACUACAGCCGCAGCCAGGCCGGCCACCUCCAGGCGCAGCUGGACCAGAGCCAGGCGCAGCUGCUGCAGAGCAGAACCGAACUGGAGGACAGCAAGGUUCUGUGUGAGCAGACCAGAGUUCAGAGCAGCCACCUCCAUGCGCAACUGGAGCUGCUCUCCACGCAGCUGCAGCAAAGCAGAACGCAGGUUUCUCAGCUCCAAACUCAACUCCAAGCCUCGGAGAAGUCUGCAGAGAUGUCCGUUGAUUCGCUGCUCAUCAAGGAGUCAGAGGUGACCCGCCUCCAGGCCCGGAUCUCCAGUCUGGGACGAGCAGCAGAGAGACGGAGCCUCUGCAGCCACUCUCCCUCCCUCACUGAGCCUCCGGAGCCCUCCUUCUCCUCUCAGCCGUCUCUUCCUUCCUUCAGACUCUUACCAGCCUCCGUCCGCUUGUCUCCACACUCUCACCCGGGGCCCCUGCGCUCCCCGACACACGACUGGCCUAAGAGCGCCAGCUUACACUCCUCCACGGACCUCCCUCGCAGCCUGAGGGGGGCGCUGAUCAGGGAGCCGUGGGACUCUUCCUCUGCGUCUGGUUUGACGUUCCCAGGGUCGGCCGACCAAAGCUGGCGGGGCCUCAGCUCCACCGAGGCUUCGUUCGACCCACUAACGUACAUGGCAGACGAACCCAACAGCGCAGACAUCCGCACAGAGGCACCGGUGGGACAGCAGGGGGACAACAUGCCGCUCACUGAGUCCAGGAGGGAAUCGGAGGGGACUCUGGUGGGAGAGGACGAGGGAGAGGUGGACAUGAGCUCACUGACCGGGAUGCUGAGGUUUGUGAAUCAGACUUUAGCCAUGCAGCAGGAUUCGUCUCCAUGGAGCCCCAUAAAGCAGACGCAGACCUGACUCUCUGUCACUCUGCAGGUAAAAACGCCUUUAAUUAGCCGAUUGAUCAAUAAAAGCUUGGUUUUGUUUUCUGAAAUGGGAAGUAUCAGAGCAACAGUUACUGACAUCUAGUGGUCGAGUUGGAGAUUCACCUAUUUUUUUGCCUUGCACUGACGUUCACAUGCCAUUUUGUUACAAUGCAAUCACCAGCUUCAAUGUAUUUUAUGAGAUUAGUCAAAAAAGGGAACACAUAAUAAAUUUUACCAUGAUACCUUGAACACAACAUCCUUUUGCUGAAACAUAGUAGUGGCAGCAUCAUGCUGUGGGAUGAUUUUUUUCCCCCCCUGCUGGUUAGAGUUGAUGAGAGAUGAAGAUGGAGCCUAAAUACCAAUGUAAGGAAUUCAUGGUCCAGUCAAAGUCCAGACCUGAAUCCCACUGCAAAGAUUAACUGAUGGUUACAGCUGCUCUCCAUUUUGUCUGACUGAGACGGGGUUUUUUUUUUUUUGUUUUGUUUUUUUUUGCAAAACUGAAAUGAAACAGGGGCUUUCAUGAAAUUCUCUCUCAUUAGUUGAACAAAAUGCAUGCCACACUUUUCAGAUUUUUAUUCGUUUGAAAAGAAAAGUGAAAACUAAGGCUGAUCCGCCUUAAUUGAACUCCAGUUCUUCUAUCUAGAAAGUCCAGUUUGUUUUAUUGAGGUGAGAAUAGAUGAUCAAACUGUGAAGAGAACCAAACGCUGAACUCUGCUCCGCCUACAAACCCAGCUCUCUGUUUGGUUCAGGUGAACUCUGGUCCAGGUCGAAUUCAUAUGUGCCUGGAGACCGCUCCAAACGCAGGAAGCGCAGGGCAUUCUGGGUAAAUACAACCAGAAUAAACAUGUGAGUUUAGAUCCACUGGGAGAAAUCCUACAACCGCUGAAAUCUGACACCACUCCAUGUUUGUUUACAUUUUAUGAAGGAGGAAGUUGUUCUCUGUGUCUCCUUCAGAGGUUUUCAUGUCGUUUCCUUCAGCGGUUCUUGGUGCAGCGCCACCACAGGCGAGGAGGUGAACAGGUUUUUCAAUGUGGAAGAAUCCCAGCAGCUGAAAAUGGAAACAAAUGUUGCAACUUUGGUCACCAAUCAAACUGAGUCUACUGGACUAUCAGGUGUCAAAGUCUCAUUGUCCUUCUGUUUCACAAUAAUGUGCCACUUUGGCUCAAUCUGCAACAUGAAAACUCUAUAAAACACUUUAAAGGUUUGUGCUUAUGAAGUCACAACAGUCCAAUAGUUAUGAAUAGUAUAAACCUGGAUGUGUUUAUCUCUGAUAUCAUCUUUUUUUUUUCCAAGUGGAAGAAGCCACACCAGUGUUUCACUCACCAAGGAUUGCAUUGUACCUUCAGGUUUUCACUUCUAGUUUCACACACUGUCUCUUGUUUUUGUGUCAUGCAAUGAACUUUGAAUUCUGGAUUUCUUAAUCAGUUGGAUCUUUAUAUGGCGCAGCCUUCAGAUGAGUCUAAUAGUAUCUGAAAUGUGGUUUAACGAUGAUAUCUGGCUGCCUAUUAGCCACUAAGUCCUCGUUUUUGUUGACGAGCUUUGAGACUGUCAGUCAUUCAGAUCGUUUUCACCGUCACCUCUGUGGGGGAGGAGAGGAACAAAACUUUCAACACCAGGAAAAUUGCGCAAGAUAAACUUCUUUAGGUUGUUUAGUCGGUUUAGUGUUUAGAGGGUCACGUUUGGCAAAGUAAGAUACUUAUAUAGAAAUAACGCAAAACUACCCCUACUUGCUGAGCUGUUUUUUACAUUUAUGCUACAACCACAGUGUAUCUUACGUGACAGAACAGCACAAAGUAGUGCACAAGUUGUGAAGAGGAAGGAAAACGAUACGUGACUUUCAAAAGGUUUUACAUAACUUGUUUUUAAAAAGUGUGUUGAGCAUUUGUAUUGAGCCCCUUCCAAGCUAGCAGUUAAUAAAGCCACAUCUUACUCCAGUUAUAGUUUUGGUUCGCCACAGCCUGAUGCUGCCACCGCCGGGUUUCCCUGAUGGGGGUGGUGUGUUCAGGAGGAUGUUUUAUGAUGCGUCGCAUUCAACAUGUGAAACGAAAAGCUGAAUUUACUAAUUUUGCCAUCAUCUGACCGGAGUACCUUCAUGUUGGAUUCAUGCGGCCUUUAUGACUUCCUCUCUUCUUGCCGGGCUGCUUCAGUUGUUUACCGACUUUUAUUAAAUCACAUUACAACAUGUGCAGAGAGACUGAGCCUCUGUAAAUGUAAACCACGAUGACCCGGGAAAAAUUUGUCAUUGAAAACUUUGAAGUCUGGCUCACUCUAUGAAAUAGUUUCAAGUUUUACUCAGGAUCAGGUUUGUCAUAACACAUUUUCUGGUCGAUAAAUUGCCCCAGUAAUUACUGGGAUAAACUAUAAUAUUGUUUUGAGACCUUUUUUUUUUCCAUUUUUUUCUCCGAAGAGUUUUUGCGGUGCUAGUGGCUCGUAUU